ACGUUUGGUGCUUUGACUUUUCAAAUGCCCCGAUUCAAUUUAAGAUUUGCUACUUAAAUUAGCCAUGCAUUACUAAAUGUUAUAAAUAGGUGACCAUAGUUAGUCUUAAUUUUGAAGAUAUCCAAUCAAGUUAAUUACUUAUUAAAAAUGGAUAUGAGAUUGAGAGUAAACACCAAAAGUAGUAAGGUAAACACAAGCUUAGAGUUGCAUGAGGUAGAAGAAGUAGAGCCAGUUAGUCCAACUUCAGAAUACUUCUUGAGUGAGGUUGUAACACUCUAUGUUCUUGCCUUUUUGGAAUUGGCUAACCCUAUCGAUUUUACAUCCAUCCUUGCUUUCCUCAAAGAUGUCUUCCUUAACAUUCAUCCUCGGUUCUCCUCUGUCGUGGUUGAAGACAAAAGGGGCAGGAAAAGUUGGAAGAAAGUGAGAGUGAAUGUGGAAGAUCAUAUAAAAAUCCCAAAUUUCCCAAAAGAAUUAUCACCAGAAAACUAUAGUCAACAUUUUGAUGACUAUGUAUCCAAAAUAGCAACUUCACAACUUCCACAACACAAACCAUUAUGGGAACUUCACAUAAUUAACAACCCUAAACACAUUGAUGCAGCAGGAAUAUUCAUAUUCAAGAUUGACCAUGCAAUUGGUGAUGGUACAUCUCUAAUGGGAGGUGUUCUUACUUGCUUUAAACGAGUCGAUGAUCCUUCUCUUCCUAUAUCUUUCCCAAGGCCUACUACAAUAUUGAAGAAGCGUAAUAAUAAUACUAGUCAAACAUUGAUGAACAUGUUGAUGGUUGUCCCUAAAUAUAUAUCUUCAAUAUUUUAUUCGUUGUAUGAAUUUGGACAAGGUGUUGGAACGAUGUUUUUGGAAGAUGAUCGUACCCCAAUAAGGUCCGGGAAGACGGAUAUGAGUCGUCUAGGUUCAACCAGAGUUUGUUCGCUCACUUUGUCUCUCAAUCAUGUCAAAACAAUCAAGGGACUUCUUGGUGUGACGGUUAAUGAUAUCAUCGUUGGGAUUAUAUUUCUUGGAACUCGAUUGUACAUCCAAGAAACAGAAACAGACCAAGGGAGACUAAAGAAAGACACAAGAUCCACGGCGUCAAUAUUUGUUAACAUUAGAAAUGUGGGAGGAAACUUAAGCGUAGAAGAAAUGCGCAAAGGAAAAACAUGGGGAAAUCGAAUCACAAAUAUUGAAAUACCUCUUCCUAAUUUGGAGGUCGAUGAUGUUACAAAUCCUUUACAAUUUAUCCAAAAAGCCCACACAAUUAUCAAAAGAAAAAGGACUGCUAAUUUUGGUCUCUAUCUCAUGUCCGGUCUUCUUGAGGCUAUAAGAACCGUUUUUGGCCUCCAGGUACGCAUUCCGUUUUUUAUUAUUGAAAUUAAAAAUACUAUUUUAGUGUAGGCUAAGAAAAUUACUUAUAUAUUACUCUCUCUGUAUUUAUUUAAGAAAUACACUUGUCUUUUCCGGCCGUAUUUAUUUAAGAGAUAUACUUGCCAUUUUUAGUAGCCAUUUUUAGUAACUUAUCAACUCCAAUAUCUAAUUAAAUAAUACAUUUAAUGUACCCUAUGACCCACUAUCCUAUUAAACAAAUAAUUUCAUAAACCCACCACACCUCCCACCCACCAAAAUAACAUGGUCCUCACUUGUUUAUUCAUUAAAAUAUCUACCCAACCCCACUUGCUUUAUUAUUUUAUUCAAUUAUUCUUCUUAAUACCCGUGUCCGACUAAGUGUAUCUCUUAAAUAAAUACGGAGGGAGUACUAUGUUUAUGGUUGGAAUAUGGUUUAUCAGCUUAUCGAGUGAAAGCUCGAAGCAGAUCUACUUGAAGCAGAUCUAUUUAAAGUAGCUCUAAGAAUUCUUAUCAUGACUAGCUAGCUCGAUAAAGAUUCUUAAGCUCGAAGUGAGUUCCAAGUCGGUGAAAUUCAACCAAACUAAACCGAGCCAUGAUAGAGCUUGGGUCAUGUCUACCCCCACCGAGUUAUAUUUAAUCAAACCAUACCAUUCCAAGCCGAGUCUUGAAGGUUUUUUAUUACAUUUUAUAGUCAAGUGUUGUAUGGAAAACUUUUUGCCUUGAGAAGUUUUUCUUUGUGGUACUAAAUUGAUACUAUGUACUAUAAGUUUGUUAAUGCUAGCCACCUAUAGUAGAUGUGUAUCGUACUUGGUUGAUAUCUUGUGAAGAUUUGAAGGUUGUUAGGAUAUCAUUAUUGUUUAAGAUUUGUACUAAUAUUUUUAAAUUAAAAAUAAAUCGACGUAUGUGAUUUCGCAAUAUAUUUUUUUUUUUAUUAUUGACAAAAAUGUGUACUAAUAUACAUAAAUCAAUAACACUUUUUAAAACUUACUACAAGAAACUCAAUUCAUCGUUAAAACUUACUUUUUAUCGUUAGAAAUUGUUGCAAUCUUAUACUCUGUACUCCGUAAUGUUAUUGCCGUGUGAUGGAAAAUUCAAAACAAUGAGUUUGAAUAAAUUUGUAAACUGAAGUUGAGAGGUAAAAAGUUUUUUUUUUAAAAAAAGAAAAAAGAAGAAUUGUAUAUAAAUUAAAAAUAUUGCUGGCUGUGGGGUUCGAACCCACGCGCACUUAUGUGCAGCAGAUCUUAAGUCUGCCCCCUUAACCACUCGGGCAAACCAGCUGAUAUGUUAAGUUAGGCAAGGUUUUAUGUAUAUUCAUUCAAAUACUAAAACGUAGGGGUUUGCGCACGUACGUCAACGUUUUGCAGUUGAUUAAUUGAUUGUUUUUGGUUCUUAUUAAUUAAUCUAAUCAUAUGUUCGUCAAACUUUUGCUUUUGACUCAUUUAUUGAUUGUCUUUUUUGUCCGUAGUUCAUGUUUUAAUUUAAAACCAGUACUUGGGCCCGGGCGAUGCCCCGGGUUGAUACACAUAUAAGAUUUUUAAAUAAAUUCAAUACUUUGUAUUAUUAAAUUGUCAUUUAUUAUAUUUUGUUAUGAAAAAAUGACAUAUAAUAUGAUUUGGAGUAGUGGUUAAUUGUUUGGUUUACAAAUUAGAGGUCACGGGUUCAAGACUUGUACCACACAUAUUUAUCAUUUUUAAAUAAUUGUGUAUGACAUGGAACGUUGAAAUGAGAUUAGUGCGAGUGCCACGUGGCACAUAGGCUUGUUUAUCAACGCCUUUUAAUAUACUAGUUGUUGGACCGUGCGCGCUAUAUACGGAGAAUUUAUGCUAAAACGCGUAGGUAAAAAAUCGGGUUAUAUAUGAAUGGUCAAAUGUGAAAAUGUAGCUAAUAACCAAACUGAUGUAUUAAUGUAAUAAUGAUGCAGUUAAAACUGAUGUAUUUGUAAUGCAUAUGGUUUAAUUGUAUACAUGCAUUUAAAUAGGGCAAUGUAAUUGACCCUUUAUCUUGAUGA